UACAUGUACAUGUACUUGCGAUUGAGGAAAAAAAAGACAGCAGUCAGCCAGAGAAGGUGGAAGCACCAUGGAAUUACAGGACUCUUUCUACAUCAAAGCAGAAUAUAUAGAAACUGCAUCCGGCAACAAAGUUAGUAAGCAGUCUGUGUUAUGUGGAAGUCAGAACAUUGUAUUGAAUGGAAAGUCUAUCAUCCAUGCAGAGUGUAUAAUUCGUGGUGACCUGGCUAACGUUCGCAUUGGCAGACACUGUGUGAUCAGCUCCAGAACGGUCAUUAGACCUCCAUUUAAGAAAUUCAGCAAAGGGGUGGCAUUCUUCCCUCUUCAUAUAGGAGAUCAUGUGUUCAUUGAUGAAGAUUGUAUAGUCAAUGCUGCUCAAGUCGGUUCAUAUGUACACAUAGGAAAGAACUGUGUCAUUGGGAGGAGGUGUGUCUUGAAAGACUGCUGUGCAAUAGCUGAUAAUACUUAUCUUGCCCCAGAAACUGUCGUUCCACCUUUUACUGUGGUUUCCGGAAAUCCAGGUUCUGUUUCAGGAGAGUUACCAGAAUGCACCCAAGAGCUGAUGGUGGAUGUCACCAGGGGAUACUAUCAACAUUUCUUGCCAAUACAGGAGGCAAAAUGAGACCUCCCCCUCCUUGUUUUAAUAGCCUACCAUACAUCUUAUGAUCCCAUUGCUCUUCAACCAGUCUGAAGUCGCGUUGGAUGAGAGAGAUGAUCACUGCUCAUCAUGUGAUCUGAUGACAGCAUACCACAAUCUUGCUGUUUGAUUGGCCAGCAGUUGGGUUCAGUUUUUGCGAUACUUUGCCAUCCAAUUCGACAGAUAUUUCACAAUGGUUCAAAAUCACAAUGAUGGUUUUGAAUCUGUUGUUUGAAACUAUGGUUCAUGCAGAUUUUAGGCUUUUGAUUCAGCACGUUUAUUGAGAAAGAAUAAUGUAUGCAUGCUUUUGAGACAGGAUGCUAAAUUGAAGCUUGUUACUAAGGUUUCAUUAAUGAGUCCACUUUUUGAUUGAUAUACAGGCUCAUUAGUUCAGUGGAUAGGUUUGACAAAUUUAGCGCCAUGUGAUGAAAGCAUGCAAGCACUAUCAGACGCUUUCAUCAAUAUAUGCAUUAUCAAGUGUUAUAGAUGCAUGAAAUCUGUAUGUUUUUAAACCAUUCGAAACAUCUUUGUAAAUUUAGGCUGCUGAAUCCUUAUGAUUGCCCAUGGAAUUUAAUCCUUAACUGGUCUGCAACUCAGGGGCUGAGAGGACAUUAUCUGCUCUUUACCCAAGUGAAGAAAGUAUAGAUUCUAAAUGUAAGGUGAAGAUGUGGGCUUUAAAAUAAUGUAUAUAUGUACUAGAUAGGUAGAGAAUAUCAAAUUAAUUUAUGUACAGCUCAUAUAUAUGCAUGUUAUUUAUCUUUAUUCAUAUUUUACCAGUGAAUGUAUUGGUGCAGUUGUAUAACAUGUACCUCCUAUGGCUUAGAAUAGAGUCCCCACUUUUCUGUGAUACGUAAAACAGAAAAUUUCACAGAAAAUUUCACAGUUUUUCAGGCAAUAAUGUUUAAAUUACAAAUAAAAUGAAUAUCAUCAAAUGCAUUACAGAAUCCUAUUUGAAAUGUGUAACUAAAAUUAUAGCUCUGCCAGACCUUUAUUCAAUUUGUGACUUUGGGUAGAAAUUUAGUUCUUUACUUUUUACUGAGAAACCUACUUUGAUAAAAUACUUAGCAAACUUUAUGUUCGAAUGAUGAAUUAAAAUAAUCGUUUCACCUUUAAUUUAAGACAGCUACAUGUAUCAAUGAGAGUAAAGCCAAGAUUAGAAUUUUGGUCAUAUGCUUCCUGAGUGGUGCAGAAUAAUAGCCCUUUUGAUGCAGCAGUUUACUUUCACAUUAUUUGGAAAUGACAAUAUGAUGUCAAAUUGCUGUUCAGUGAAUUUUUUUUUCUUGAAUUCAGCCUAUUUAAAUAUAAUGCUAGUAUGGUACUGUAAGGUA